CAGUUGGACUUUGUGUUACCAGAUUCCCUAUAAAUACAGCCCAGAGGGAGCAGCUGUCACAGUCAAAGGCAGACUCGCACAUCACUCACACAAGCAGGAUUUCAAGUCCAGCAAUGAAGCUGUUUAUUCUACUUUCACUUGUGGCAUUUACCGGUUGCCAUGCCAACAUUCUAUGGGCAGACCAGCCCAAGCCACAGCUGGAGCAGUUAAAAGAUGCAUUCUGGGACUACGUUGCCAAGGCGACACAAACUGCUGAAGACACGUUGCAGACCAUCAGACAGUCUCAGCUGGGCCAGGAGGUUAAUGCCAAGAUCACAGAGAGCACAGAUCUGGCCAGCCAAUACGCAGUCUCUCUGCACAGUCAAGUGACUCCUCUGGCCCAGGACCUUGUGAACAAAAUCACCCAGGAGGCCGAGCUGCUGAAGGAGCGUCUGGGGCAGGACGUGAGCACUGUGAGGGCCCAGCUGGAGCCCUACGCAGAGGAGCUGAGGGCCAACAUCGAGCAGCAGGUGGAGAAGCUGCGGCAGGAGGUGGCCCCCUACACAGAGUCCCUGGACACUGAAGCCCUGAAGGCCACCCUGCUCCAGAAGAGCGAGGAGCUGAAGCAGACCCUGGAGCAGAGAGUGCAGGAGCUGCAGGCCCAGCUGGGCCCCUACACUGAGGAGCUGAAGGAGAAAGUGGAGCAGCGUCUGCAGGAGUUCCAGCAGAGUGUGGCUCCCCUGGCUGAGAGCCUCCAGACCCAGCUGGCCCAGAAAGCCAAGGUGCUUCAGCAGAGUCUGGCGCCCUACGCUGAAGACCUGAAAGAGAAGCUGGACCCCUACGCCCAGGACCUCAAAUCCCAGCUCACCGCUCUCUGGGAGUCCUUUGCCAAAAGUGCCUAAGUGUUGGAGGAACCACUGCCUGCUCCCCUGAUCGUUUCUGACUGAGUCUCUCUGGGACUCCAAUAACACACCCCAUGAUCAUCUCUGCUUGACCCUCUCUUGCAAUGCCUGUCAGUACAUGAGUGGAUUUUAAAAAAACUUUUGCUGCACUAUUAACGACACUGAAGACCCACAGCAGUAAUGAUGUGUACAGCUGUCAUUCUUUUGUUCAGCAAGAGAAUACUCUGAUACGGAAACAAAACUGCACUUUACUUGACCCCUGAGAUAUGUAUAUAUUUCGUUUUGUCAUGUGCUGUAAAAAAUUGAUAGAUGUUUUCGGUGUUCUAAUUUAUUGAAAUAAAGACCAAAAAACAAAUCCA